CUCGUAUCUUAGAUGUAUCAUUGAUUUAGUCAUCAAUUUUUAAAUUCCUUUAACUUACGUUACAUGAUUUUAUUUAUACAUUAAAAAUAUAAUUCUUUUUUUAUUUUUAUUUGAGAAUAAAUAACUAAAUAAUGUCGGUUAAAGAAGUUUUAAACGAAUCGCAAUUUCAAGAAGAACUUAAUUCAAACGGUGUAAAAUUAAUAGUGGUCGACUUCUCUGCAACUUGGUGUGGGCCAUGCAAACGCAUUGCUCCAAUUUUUGAUGAAUUAGCUCGCAAAUAUGACCGUGCCGUUUUUUUAAAAGUAGAUGUAGACAAGUGUCAAGAAACUGCAGCUUCACAAGGUGUUUCAGCUAUGCCAACUUUCAUAUUCUAUCGUAAUAAAAUACGUGUAGCUAAAAUUCAAGGUGCUGAUGUUCAAGCAUUAGAAGCAAAAAUUAAACAAUAUUAUGAUGCUUCAUGUGCAGCUGCUGGUGAAGAUAGUGGAGUACCAGGGCAAAUUGAUUUAAGUUCUUUCAUCAUGAAAAAUCAGUGUGAAGCUUUAAAUGAUGCUGACGAUCACCCAUUAGCAGCAUUACUUGAAGGUCGUGGGUACAUGGAAUCAGAUUGUGAUUCACAACUCAUUGUAUCACUAGCAUUCACACAAGCUGUUAAAGUACAUUCUAUAAAGGUGAAAGCCCCUAAAGAUAAUGGACCCAAGCUGUUAAAAAUAUUUAUUAAUCAACCUAAUACUUUAGACUUUGAUGCUGCUUCAAGUAAUUUACCUACUCAGGAAAUUGAACUAAAACCAGAUGAACUUGAUGGUAAAGUGGUCAAUCUUAUGUAUGUGAAAUUUCAAAGUGUUCAUAAUUUACAAAUUUUUGUGAUUAACAACCAGACCGAUGAAGAAAUUACAAGAAUAGAUAAUUUGAGUAUAAUUGGAUUACCUAUUUCUACAACUAAUAUGGGAGACUUUAAACGUAUUGCUGGAAAAGUUGGAGAAGCUCAUUAAAAAUAAUGUGAAAUCAAUUAUAUAAGUGGCCACUAUUUAAUACCAGAUUAAUAAUAACUACUGCUAUUUUUCUACCAAAUAGAUAUCUCAUAAUUAAAAGAAAAUAUUUAUAUAUACAUUAGAAAUAAAUCACAAUUUAUGAGGAA